AGUGUUGGACCUGGGUUUCGGGCAGCUGGGUUCUCCUGGUUCCGCCCAGCUGGUGCGGGGUCUAGUUCAGCGACUGCGGAACGCGCUGUGGCAGGAUUUGAAGGGGGGGGGCGGGGAGGGGCCUGCGGCUUGCGGCCCCGCCCCCUUCUCCGGCUCGCGGGCGGGCGAAUCGGCCCGCCUCCGGCUUCAGCCGGCCCUGGGGCCGUGUCCCCCAGGCAACUCAGCCACCUCGGCCUGAGCGUCUUCCUGCAGGCGUCGGCGCCGAGGCAUCGGGGUACAGCCUGGUUCGGCCCCAUGGUGGGUUUCGGGGCGAACAGGCGGGCCGGCCGCCUGCCCUCCUUCGUGUUGGUGGUCCUGUUGGUGGUGAUCGCGGUCCUCGCCUUCAACUACUGGAGAAUCUCCUCCCGCCACGUCCUGCUUCAGGAGGAGGUGGCCGAGCUGCAGGGCCAGGUCCAGCGCACCGAGGUGGCUCGCGGGCGCCUGGAGAAGCGCAAUUCGGACCUGCUGCUCUUGGUGGACUCGCACAAGAAACAGAUUGACCAGAAAGAGGCCGAUUACGGCCGGCUCAGCAGCCGGCUGCAGGCCAGGGAGGGCCUUGGGAAAAGAUGCGAGGAUGACAAGGUAAGGACGAGCCCUCUCCCCUCAACCCCCAGUUUUUUCCAGCUCUGCGGUGGGGGUGUUCGCCCAGCCGUGGCUGCCUUAUGCCUUCCAGAAUUGAAGCCUCGGAGGCUCCCCUUACCGCUAACAACCCUAUUUCUGUCGGACUUUAACCGGUUUAAUCACUGCCACAUUUUCCAGUCCCUGCCAGAUGAAACUGGCUGUAAGUUUUGGUUCUCAAGAGUGGCCUGUGUGUGGAUGCCGCCUCUUCUCCAAGCUCAGCUGCUGAGCUGGCAGUAGUAAUCAUCUGGCCUAUGUGGUCGGCCGCCUUACGUUUACAGAUACACAAAUCUGGAGGCUGCCGGAUUUGGUGUGUUACCUUAUCCUUUAUUCCGUGCACACUGAUUAUUAUUAAUUAAUUUAUUUAAAGGAUGGGGCCUCCUCUAACUCCUCUACUUAUGAUGGUCACCAUAUAUUUUUUAAAGCAGUCUGAGUUUUCUUACAUCUCUAUGGGGCUAUGUAUUAAGCAAAGAGUCGGAUAUUACUGCCCUUUUUGUGAUGGAAAUGUUACGAUAGAUGGGCUCUGGAGCCAUAUGUGAGCCACUUGUGACUUGGACAUAGAUAAUCCAAAAUUAUGUACUCAGUUUGAAUGGUUAGUGAAAUUAGCCGAAAAGGUAGAACCUAGAAAUAAGUUCUAAGCAACAGAAUCUCAUGUCAUUGUCCUCAUUGAUCUUGAAAGGAAAUAAAAAUGAAAUUUUGUAUGCCUGACUAUUAGGGUUGGUGUUCGAAGGCCAUACUAAGUUUAAAUUUUAAAAGUUUAAAGCUAGACUGUAAUUAGACCCGCCGCUGAAUAGUCUUUGUUCACACCAGCAUAUUGGGAACUAUGUUAUUAACUUAUGACCUAUGCAACUUCUGUUGAUUUACCACAGUAAAUUUCUGGGUGGGAUAAGUAGAUGCCUUUCUUUCUGGACCCUCUUUUGGUAGUCUUCACACUUUUUUGUGUGUGUUCCUAUUAUAAGUUUUUAUUUUGUAUAUUAAAAUCAUUUGUAGUAAGUCAUUAUAAAUUAAAAUCUUCUGAGCUUCCAACUUCCUUAUUGUCACCAACCUCUACCUUGUUUCUUAUUUCAUGAAGAUUGAAGCCCUCAGGUAAGUGCUUUUCUAUGACCUACACCUUCACCAUAACAGAGACAGCUUCUGAGAGGAGCAAGAGCUCAGCAAACUUACAAACAUACUACAUACUGAACUCUAUAGACUGAAAAAUUCUGUUGGGUGGAAUAGGCAGAAAUCCAUGAAAUUUUGUAGUAUUAAAACAAGGUCUUCAGUCUUGGAAUGGUUAGGCAUACUAUUCAAAUUCUCUCCAAUCUGGAAAGAAAGAUAAGUCUUUUUUAGUAAUUUAUACUCAGGAUUCCAUUUCUUCCAUCUACUGGACUGUAAUUAUCAGUUUCUUUCAGUAGGCUUUCACUUUUACCUUCAACCAUAUGUAGGUGUUCGCUGUUCUAAAAUUUUUUUAUUCUUCCAUAUACUCCC